UAAGCCUGCGCCGGUCCCGCGCUGUGAUUCAACUGGAGAAAGAAUAAAGUGUCCAAACACAGAGAAAAACUCCUGCUGAAGCGACUGAUCUCCACACUGUUAUAAAGAUGGCGUUUAUUAAAGAGGAGAGUGAAGAUGUGAAGAUUGAAGAAACAUUCAGAGUCAAACAGGAAGACCUUCAGGAACAAACAGACCUGAUGGUGCAGAAAGAAGAGACUCAACAAUGGAAUAAAAUGGAAGAGAAACAACAAGAAAUAACAACUGAUGAAAAACCCACACUGACUGAAAAGAAUUCAUCACACGGCAGUCCUCGGAAAUCCAAAUCCAGGUGUAAUUUCAGCAGUGAACAGUGUAGAAAGAGUUUCAUUCAAGAGCCAAACCUUGAUGUUCAAAUGAGAGUUCACACUGGGGAGAAACCUUACACCUGUGAACAGUGUGGAAAGACUUUUGGUCAAAAAAAAAGCUUCAUAACCCACAUGAGAAUUCACACUGGAGAGAGGCCGUACACAUGCCAAGAGUGUGGACAAAGCUUCUAUCAUGCAGGAAACUUUGCAGCGCACAGGAGAAUUCACACUGGAGAAAGGCCGUACACAUGCCAACAGUGUGGAAAGAGUUUUAAGCAAAGUGGCACCCUUAAAGUUCACAUGAGAACUCACAAUGGAGGAAAAAAAUUUACUUGCACACAGUGUGGGAAAAGUUUUGCUCGAAAACAAGACCUUGACACCCACAUGACGAUCCACACUGGAGAGAAACCUUACAUAUGCACAGAGUGUGGUAAACGUUUCACAUGUAAAAGCGCACUCAAUCACCACUUGAAAACUCACACCGGAGAGAAGCCGUUUCCAUGUGUUCAGUGUGGAAAGAGCUUCACAACCAAAGCUAGCCUCAUGAACCACAUAGAUGGUCACAAUGGAACCAUAGUGUUCGUAUGUGAUCAGUGUGGAAAGAGUCUCACACGCAAAGACACCAUUAAGCAACACAUGAAGACUCACUCAGGAGAGGAUCGUUUUAGAUGUAGUGAAUGUGGAAAGGGCUUUAAACAGAAAAUAAGCCUCAGUAAUCACCUGAAACUUCACAAUGGAGAGCAGAGUCCUCAACAUUGAGACCUUAUUGUCCACAUAAAUACGGGUAUAUUCAAAAUGGCAGCUUUUUCAUGUAGUUUGGCUAUUUAUUCAAGUGAAGUUUAUUUAUAAAAUACUUUUGAGAGGAUCACAUGCUUAUGAUUGUCCACAGCUGGUCCUGCAUUAGCUAACACAUGAUUCACCAAUCAGAUGAUUCCUGACUCACUAUAAAUAACAGAGAUUCUUACCUCAGUUAUCUUCGUCUUGAGGAAUCCCCCCACUCCCCCUCCUUUCUAGAUUUGGCGGCACGGUAGCCCAGUCGUUAGCAUUGUUGGCUCAAAGCAAGAAUGUCACGUUAAUGUCCCCACUGAACCAGUUGACAUCUGUGUGGAGUUUUGCUCAUUCACUUGGUGCUCGCGUGGGUUUCCCCCAGGUUCCUCCCACAAUCCAAAAACACACGACCUAGGUAAAUUGAACAUUCUAAAUUGGAACCCUAGUCGAGGUCUUAGUAAGCCAUAUAUCUCCCUUUAGCCAUCCCUAUAUCUAUCGUUAGAACAGAAACAAGUCGUGGGUGUUCAUCGAGAUCUCCCUGAGUUCAAACUCCCCUCUCGCCUUGUUUACAAAAGGGAGCCCAGGGCUCGAGGAUCCAAUGAGCUUAGAGCUCUCUUGCGGAACAAGUGUGAACUCUUGAAUACAUAUCAAGUUACUGAAAAUGAAACCCUUUGAACACCUGAAGAUUUUAAACUCAAUUAUUGAAAAGGGGUGAAGAUUUUGACAACUGUUUCAUAGUGUAGUUCAGGGAUCAGAUCAGAUUGUAGUGUAGAUCAGAGUUGCUACCUGACUGCAAGAACACAAUAUAACUCUAUAUGUUCAUAGAUUGUGUGGCUUUCUUUCUUAUGCAAACAAGUAUCUACAUCUGAAAAGGUGUAAACCAAAUGGCCUACAUGAACUCAAGAGUUGUGACCCAACCAAAGCAGUUGGGUAAUCUCUGAGAGGUUUACAUACUUUGUUAUAAAUUAGUCUCUCACAGACAGUUCUUUUGGUUAAGUUACUUGAAGACGGACGUGUUAACAUCACUGCUGAGGAA